GGUUUUUAAAUCGAACGAACCUAGUGCGCCUCUGUCAGUCGUAUUACAGCAUGGGAAACUGUGCUCACUAACAGUCUCUUUACAAGUGGAGCUGGGUUGAGGUCACUUAAAUAGUAUUUCCACUCUGUUAGAAAGCAUCCUGUGUUGAAGUAGCUUACCUGGAGAACAGACAAUGGUAUUCCUGACGCUGUCUUGUUGGAUCAGGAGCCGUGGACCUGACAGAUAUUGGAAAGUUCAAGACGUUCUCAAACAUGCACGGCACUUUAGAGGCAGAAAGAACCGCUGCUACAGUCUGGCUGUGCGGGCGGUGAGGAGAGCUUUCGUCUACGCAACCACAGCUCGAAGGCUCAAGAAGCGCAACAUGAGGACGCUCUGGAUCACACGCAUUGCAGCAGCAUCACGAGAGCACGGCAUGAAGUAUCCCGCCCUGAUGCACAACCUCACCAAGACGAGCGUUCAGCUCAACCGACGUGUGAUCAGUGAUCUGGCGGUCACAGAACCUCGGUCAUUCCUCUCGCUUGCAAAGCUGGCCCGGGCUCGGCAGCAGGAAGGCUUCCGUGCAGCGGUGGGCGACGGCAAAGAGCCUUCUGGUGUCUUCUCCCGUGUUGUUUUGCUACAGUAAAUGACUUGCUACAGAUUUCCAGUUAUGUGGUUAAAAGAAUGCUGGUGUUGGAUUGUGGAGCUGUUCAUGAAAUGGUCAGUCAGGCACACACUCACCCCCUUUGCUUUACAGUUGUCAUUCUCGUAUAAUAAUAUCAGACUCAUUUCUUUAAAUGGUUUUAUUUUUGUGAUACUUCAUUAAUCACAAUACCAGAAGGGCUGCAUGCUCAACGACCCACAUAGCUGACCCAGGGUCUGGUCACAUGAUGAGACUGAUGAGAGAAGACUAUGACAUUAUGCCAGAUCUGUGUCUCUGCCUGCACCGUGUAUAAUACAACAUGGGACUCUCACAUGGGUUAGCCCCACAAAGAUGUAAAAUAUCCUUGUUAGGUAGAUUUGAAACAGAAUUGUCUACAGAGCAGCAUCCCUGAAGAAGAAAAGGAUGCGCUAUGUUGCUCGAGGACACUCCAGCAGGACGGAUGAUUAAUGUUGAAGUUCCUUGAUCCCUGACCUUUUGAAAUGCGGCUUCUCCACUCACUAUGCUACCCUGCACCCAUGCUGCUAUUGUGUUGUCCUAAAGCAGUGCAUCCCUGAAAACAGAUCUGACAAUUGUAAAUGCCUUUUCCUUCUAUUAGGGCCCUUGCUAACAAUACUGAUAUUGGACAACUCCUGAAUAUAGUUGUAAUUUAUUUUCAGGUGACCCAUUUCAAGUUAAGUUAAGAGUAAAUUCAAUGGUAUUUUUGAAAUUGUGCACUCUUAUGUCAUAAUAAAGAUAUAAUAAUAAUCCAUGAUAGCACCUGACAUUAAACAGAAUAGCAAUAGUUUGUCCACAGACAGCCCUGCUUCUGCUCCAUUCACGGAUUUCAACCCAACACCUCCAUCAUGUGUGCCAGACUUUCCCAGCGAUGCCUACAUAAUUCUCCACGACAGCUGUCCUGAUUACCUCCAGUAUCAUAAUACAGGAAGUGAUUAUUUAUUUACACAAACCUCCUUGUGUUUCGCAUAUGCAACCUUUUGUUAAAUUAUGAUUUCAUGCAGAUUGUGAGUUUUCAGGAGGUUGGGCAGAAGACUGACCCCAAGCUUUUUCAUAUGAGUUGUGUAUCUGUGUAAAUAUAUAUUUUACCAUUUAUUGUGGUGAUGUUAUCCUCUGAAUGUUUAGUUCAUUAAACAUUUUGAUAUAUAUCUUUGUCGUUCAGUCUUAAUUCACUUCAAACAUGUUACGGGUGUGGUUUUGAGAGAUAUCUUAUUCUGGACUGGUCAUUUGUAGUCCUUAUGUUGGCUGUUAUGUCCCUACAAAUGUUCUAUUUUUGUAUAACCAUGAUCACACACACUAUGCAUAGAAUCAAACUAUUAGAGAACAUGAAGACAUAAUCAUCUUUAUUCAAUAAACCAGAGCUUUAUGAGAAGCACCACUCUAAACAUUCCCCCGAUCCUAACAUAUACUCCCGAUGAAUGCUCACUUUAGUACAAAGCAAACA